AUUCCUAGUACGUGACGCACUCUCGUGGUGGCUGAUGGAAGAGUAGGCGUGUUCGGACCCCGUUUGCUUGGUAAUGGAAUGGCUGGGUCGCCUCGCUUCCUCCCUCGACGAUCAGUCGCUUUCCUCGCCUUCACGGUUCCGGGUGUCUCAGCCACGCGUUGCUCUUCACCCCUCCUAUUCAGAAUCGCCUCCUCUUUCCAUUCCUAGACGGACUCAUUCCUUCAAUGCCAUUUUGAAUAACACGCGAAGGCAAGGACUGGCCUCGGAUGUGAAGGUUCAGAUCUCGAAAGCGGUGGAAGAAGGUUGCAGGUUAGAAAGAUUUCCCUUCACCUGCACGAACCAACAACGGAAAUGGCCCCGCUUAGGGAAGAGGGGUGUUCAUUCCGAUGUACCUGCAAACAUCCAGGACCGGACAGCGGCGACAGCAAAGGAGACGCUUCGAGGUGUCACAUCUCCCUCCAGAUGCAGAAGAAAGAAAACACAUCGAUAUUAUCCACUUCUAAUGUGGGUUAUCUAACUGAAGCAACUUUCGCUACACCUGAGAUUCAAGCAUGUCUGGAAACCGUAAGUAUCGAUACAAAAAUGCCUCUCUGGGCACGGAUGAGCUUCGUAGGAGACGAGAGGAGGAGGGAGUGCAGUUGAGGAAACAGAAGAGGGAACAGCAGCUUGCUAAGAGGAGAAAUGUUCGAGAGGUUGAUGAGGUGCAGGAUGAUGAAGUCUCCUCUUCUAUGCAGGCUGAUGUGUCCAGCUCUAAUCAAGUGACUGGUAUAGAUGAGAACAUGAUCUGGGCAAUUCAGAGUGGGAAGAAUGACAGUGAGUUUGAAGCAACACAGAAAUUUAGGAAGCUUCUGUCUCGAGAACCAAAUCCCCCAAUUGAUGAGGUCAUCCGCACUGGCAUCAUCCCAAAAUUUGUGGAGUUCCUUACCAGAGAAUCUGAUUAUGCACUACAGUUUGAGGCAGCAUGGGCUUUGACAAACAUAGCGUCAGGGACAUCACAGCAGACUCGGGUGGUGAUUGAAGCUGGAGCUGUGCCCAUCUUCAUUCGCCUUCUGAGCAGUCCCUAUGAAGAUGUGCAGGAGCAGGCUGUCUGGGCCCUGGGGAACAUUGCUGGAGAUUCCCCUGAAUAUCGGGACUAUGUCCUUCAGGAAGGCAUCCUUGCUCCGCUCCUUCAAUUGUUGGGGAAAUCUACACGAAUCUCAAUGAUGCGAAAUGCAGUGUGGGCACUUUCUAAUCUUUGCCGAGGGAAAACCCCGCCACCAGAUUUCUCAAAAGUGAGUCCAUGUCUCCCAGUAUUGGCCCGCCUGCUCUUCCAUGGGGAUCCUGAGAUUCUGGCUGACACCUGCUGGGCCCUCUCCUAUCUCUCUGAUGGCCCCAAUGACAAGAUCCAAGCUGUCAUUGACUCUGGUGUCUGUCGACGACUUGUUGAACUCCUUAUGCACAACCAAACUGGAGUUGUGUCGGCAGCCCUACGUGCAGUUGGAAACAUAGUGACUGGGGAUGAUGUUCAGACACAGGUGAUUAUCAACUGCUCUGUCCUCCCAUGUCUCCUCUCCCUCUUGUCCUCUGCCAAGGAAUCGAUUCGCAAGGAGGCCUGCUGGACCAUCUCCAACAUCACUGCUGGCAAUAGACAGCAGAUCCAGGCCGUGAUAGAUGCAAACAUCUUCCCUGUGCUAAUUGAGAUCCUUGGGAAGGCUGAAUUCAAGACAAGGAAAGAAGCAGCUUGGGCCAUCACCAAUGCCACCUCGGGUGGGACUGCUGAGCAGAUCCGAUACCUUGUUGAAUUGGGCUGCAUUGCUCCCCUGUGUGACCUGUUGACGGUGAUGGAUUCCAAGAUUGUUCAGGUUGCCCUCAAUGGGCUGGACAACAUCCUGCGACUGGGGGAACAGGAUGCCAAGGCCAGUGGGGUUGUGAAUCCCUAUGCUCUCAUCAUUGAAGAAUGUUAUGGCCUGGAGAAGAUUGAGUUCCUGCAGAGCCACCAGAACACAGACAUAUAUCAGAAGGCGUUUGACAUCAUUGAUCAUUACUUUGGGGCCGAAGAAGACGAGAUGCGGUUGGCACCAGGGGAUGGGAAUCAGGUUGCAUCAGGGCAACACCUGGAAUUCAACCCACCCAAUGCCUCUCAAAUGGGGGGGUUCCAAUUCUGAUCCCCCACCUUCCUAGGAAUUUUUUUGUUUCUAUUCACCUCUCUACAUCCUCCUCUGUCAUCAUCGUAUAUAUGAAAACACGUUGUUGUUGUUUCCCUGUGAGAGUGAGAGGGUGCAGUUGAUUUGUGAGUGUGUAUGAGGGUGUGAUGUGAGGAUUCAAGGACGGACUGUGAUAGCUCCUCCCAUCUUUCUUUGUUUCUCCCAUGUUAUCCUUUUCUAUUCACUUUUCCUCACCUAAUAACUGUCUCGGACAGUGCGACAGACGACUUGGACAUUCAUCCCAUGUGUCCUGGUGCCAUACUGACCACGACCAAAGACAUCUCUCUCUCUCUCUCACUCUUGCUUUGGUGUGAUAUGGGAAUCAUUCUCUGUUGAUUCUGUUUAAUCCCCCCCAGUCUGCAACUUCACUCCUCAGUGUCAAACAGGCAGUCCAAUGUUCAUGCUAGUCGCAGUAGAUGCUAGAGGAAAAAGCAAAGCUUUUCCUUUCAGAUUUUUCCUUAAAACUAAAUGUCUUUCACAGACUGGUGAGGUGUGGCCUUGCCCGCACAUUCAAGCCUCUUCAUUUCAAAUCAGUUUUUUCUGUCUUAUUUUUGGAGGAAGUUGCUGAAUGUUUCUUGGUGAGAAUAAACCUUCUUCCCUUAAUA